AUGUCGUCAACAGCAGAGGCGCCUCAGGCGGCGGCAGCGGCACCAGCAGCAGCAACAAAUGCAGGAGAGUCAUCUCACCAAGGUCAGGCACAGGUGCAGGGUCAAAAGAAGUGGCAGAAUGGCGGAAACAAGCCCAAUGGCAACAAGCGUUCAUUCCAGGGCGGCCAGGGAGGCGGAAGGGGCAAGGAUAAGCAGCGCAAGUCGAAGCGUGAGAGGAACAUCACCGAGGGCUCGUCAGAAGAGGUCUUGGCGUUCGACGUGCAAGCGCUCAUCGCAUUGCGCAAGGAAUCACUCCCCGAUGCACCGGCGGCAGGUGAGGAGGUAAAGGACGGGGCAGAGAACGGAGAAACGCAGGCCGAGACCCAAGCACCCUCAGAAACCCUUCCGGAAACCUUUACCGAAAUCGAAGUAGAAGUCCACGCAAUCUCGUCAACAGGAGAUGGCCUCGGUUUCCAGCUGGGCUCGACCUCGACACAAGUCUACGUCGUCCCCUUUGUCGCACCCGGCGAUAUCGCAAAGGCAAAGGUCAUUAGACAUGUCCGCGAGGAGUCCUACUCAGUAGCCGACUUCGUCUCCGUCGUUAAGGCGGGCUCCCUCCGCGACGAUGCCCGCGUCAACUGCAAGUACUUUUCCCAGUGCUCCGGCUGCCAGUUCCAGAUGCUCGACUACGACACCCAGCUGUCGCACAAGCGCUCCAUCGUCGACAAGGCGUACAAGAACUUCUCCAACCUGAACCCGGACCUGGUCCCGUCCAUCAGGGAUACCAUCGGCAGCCCCUUGCAGUACGGAUACCGCACCAAGCUCACGCCGCACUUUGACGGCCCUCCUGGCCACCACAAGAGGAAUAAGCCCAAGCAGGCGCUGAGCAAGGUUCCCGAGAUUGGUUUCAACGCCAAGGGCCGCCGUCAUGUUCUGGAUAUUGAGGACUGCCCUAUUGGAACCGACGCCGUUCGCCUGGGCAUGAAGCGCGAGCGUGAGCGCAUCGCCAGGGACUUUGGCAACUUCACAAAGGGCGCCACGAUCCUUCUCCGCGAGAGCACAAAACGCUACCCGAAGAAGGUCAUCAGCAACGGCAACGCCAACAGCACAGCAGCCAAGGAAGAAACAACCACGGCAGAGGAAGUAUCAGCAUCAGCAUCAGCAUCAGCAAACGAAGAAGAACAACCCCCCGCAGAAACCCCCUCCGACGCAGUCCGCGUCGAGACAGACGCCCACGUAGACAUCAAAACCUGCCUCUCCGCCACGGGCGCAAUGUCGAGCGAGUACAUCGACAACUACCUCUUCACCAACCCCGCAAACUCCUUUUUCCAAAACAACAACUCCAUCCUCCCCAAAUUCACCCAGUACAUCCGCGACCACGUCAUGCCCCCCGCCGGCCCCCACCGCGACCGCAUCAAAUACCUCAUCGACGCCUACUCCGGCUCCGGUCUCUUCACAAUCACCCUCGCCUCCCUCUUCACCGGCAGCACAGGCAUCGACAUCGCAAAGGACUCCAUCGAGUGCGCCCGCAAAAACGCCCGCCUCAACAACCUCCCCGAGUCGCAGUGCAACUUCCUCGCCGCUGACGCGCCCCAGCUGUUCAAGCAGGUCACCUACCCGGCCGACGAGACCGUCGUCGUCAUCGACCCGCCGCGCAAAGGCUGCGAUAACGACUUUUUGAGCCAGUUGUUGGCGUUUGGGCCGAGGAGGGUCGUGUAUGUGAGCUGCAAUGUUCACACGCAGGCGCGCGACGUGGGCGUGCUGGUGCGCGGGGACGGUGGGGAUGGUACAAAGUAUGAGAUUGAGAGUAUCGUGGGCUUCGACUUCUUCCCGCAGACGGGACAUGUCGAGGGUGUGGCGGUAUUGAACAGGGUCGAGAAGAGUGCUUGA